AUGGCUGCCUCUUCUCGCUCUCUUCAGGCGACAGCCUUGACUUAUCUCGUUCUGUCCAUCGGACACACGGGAAGCGCCUGGCUUCUGAUAAGCGGCAUCCUACACUACCAAUGGUCCAAGGAUCCAGCAGUCCUGCAGGAUCCCCUGACCAAGGCCAUUGCCGGAAUCUCCAGUGCGAUUCUCUGGGCCAGCUCGGUCUGGUACGCCAAGACGGGAGUCAAGGAUAAUGCGGUCUUGGUGGGCCUUUCGGCAGUGUUGCAGACGUAUUCUGUUUUCUCGCAGUAG